UUUUAUUACAGGAGAGCUCACCUCAGAAAUUGCCUUGAAAAGUUGAAGGUGUUGGUUCCGUUAGGUCCGGAAACCUCAAGACAUACCACGUUGGGCCUCUUGACUAAAGCCAAGCGUUUUAUCAAGAGCCUGGAGGAGCGCGAGCGCAAGCACGCCGUGCACAAGGAACAGCUGUCCCGCGAGCAAAGGUUCCUGAGACGACGGCUGGAGCAGCUGACGAACCAGACGGGCCUGCACGGGUUGCACUGCUCGCUUGGCACGGCCUCGUCAACCAGCUCCACGGCCAGCUCCAGGAACUCCGACAGGUCUGCGGGCAGUCCCUCCGUCUCGGAGUCCGCUUUCUAUGAAGUAGAUGUAAUCGGUUAUACGAGCAAUCAAUCGGACACCGAUGAUCACAGCAGCGUGCAAAGCAGCAGCGACAGUGGCGUCACAAUGUCCACCUCCAGGCUGACCCUUUCCGAAAUAAUGGACAAUCUUUAGACAAAGAGGUGGCGCGGUGGCGGCGGAAGAACGUGGAGGGGGAGCAUUUGAAGGCGAGGAAGAGGAAGCGGCGGAGAAAGAUUAUGCGAGGGAUGCUGGACGAGAAGGACGCACGAGGGACGAAAAAGAGGCAGGAGAAAAGAGAGAAGAGCAAUCUGAGCAUACGAGGUAUCCAGUUCGCGUACACGCAUCUACGCACCACCCCUUUGGUCUACCUCGCGAAGAGUCGCGGGACGCGCGCCGCAAUACUCUUUGCCAAGGAUGAGACGUUGAAGAGGCGACAUCAUCGACGUGUACGUGUGACUGACUUAGAUAGUGUUUGAAGAAGAAGGGGAUGAAACGAAAGAAAUAGCAAGAAGAACGACUUCGAACAAUCGGCCGAAGAUAGCAACGAAGAUACGAGAGAAACGAAGAAGAGGAAGCAUGACGAAUAGUGUGAAAUCUUGGCGCAAACCUAUCGACGUCAAACUAACUGUCGCGAAAUGGGGUGGGAAGAUUGACUUUGAACAAAACCACCUUUGUAACACGCAAUAGAAGAGAAAAAGCGUUCCUCGUGAAGACGAGAAUUGUGAGGAGGGAACGCGGGGAACGAGCUGCAAGCAUCAUGUGUAAAUUGUCAAUCGAAUAUUGUACAUAUUUUUAAGGGAGACUAAAUUUAUCGAGGUGGAGAAACGGGAGAUUGGAAAGAUAAAUGGGAGUGAGAAGCGAAUUCCCAGCGUUUCUUCCUCGAUGAAAAGUGGAGUAUCGUGGAGUAUCGGUCGGUUCGUAUGAACGCGUCGAUUUUUCCGGAAGAGAUUGCCCUGAUCGAGGAGCCACGAUUGGAGGAAAGACGAUCGAUCGAACCACUCAGGAUUUGAUGGAGGUUUAUCUUUCUCAUGCCUCUAAUCGAUUGGCUUUGGAUCGAAAUUCGCGGAGAAUCCUUAAGAACAAAGCUUGCGCCGAUGCAAGAGCGUAACAGCCUCAUUGCCACUUCCACCACCAUACCCGAAAUCUUUUGUCGAUUCUUCUUUUUCAAAACGAUGAUCGACCUUCGUUUUGUGUCUUUCUCGUCUCGAUUCGACGCGAGGUUCCCGUUGUUACGGGAAUGAGGGCGCGUUCGAAUAACGGGAGACAAGCGUGAAUUGCAUGAAGCCAUGAGGAUAGAGAGAGAAAGAAAGAAUAUUCGCCGCUCUAUCUUUUUGAGGAUGUAUUAUUUUGUCGCCGCCGAUGUCCGCUUCGAUGAUCGCGGGCAGUCGUCGAUUUGAUUUCUCGAGGUUAUAGUGUUUCGCUUUCGACGAUGACACAAGGAGUGAAGGUGUCCGCUUUUUUGUUUCAAGCGUCGUGAAAUAAUUCAUGGAUAACUUUGCUCUUUUCGAGUGCGAAAAAGAGAGGAAGAAAUUUGUUAAGCAUGAAUACGCGUAGGAGAGCAAUGUUUUCACGAUUGUUUCACGACGAUUCCUGAUCGACUAUCCUUCGAUGAUCUAUCGAGGGGAUCGUUAUUGCGAAUGCCUUCGGUGCAUACCUCUGAGGAAGAAGAAUCUUCAUUUCUGCCACAUUGUACAGGCUCCGUGAUCGUGAAUACGAGAAAAAGAAAAAAAAAAAAAAAAGAAAAAAGCAGAAAUAAAAACGGA